AGCCAUCUAGCAACGACAGUUAAAUUCCUCUUUCCUAGUCGCAAGCGGCACUGAAGCGUUCAGUUCGGCCGAGGUCCUCACUCAAUAUGUCCGCCUAAAAGGUCCACAUUAGCUCAGUAGGAAUGCGGUAGGCGGGGCUGCUAGGCUAGUGUCAAACUUUGGGAAUGACAGGAGUGCUGCAGGAUUCGCAAAGAAGGGGAAGUGUCGCCCUUGUUGGUCCUGUUUGGAUUACUUUGACUUGUUUUUACGCGCAGCCGUCGGAUUCACCACCUUUCUGCAGAUAGUUCGGCCCCAGCAGACUCCUCAGCCAUGUCGGAGGACCUGAGCUCCCAACCCUGGUCCAUCAACAAAGAUGAUUAUGAGCUACACGAGGUGAUUGGGAGUGGGGCCACAGCAGUGGUUCAAGCAGCCUACUGUAUACCUCGCAAGGAGAAGGUGGCCAUCAAACGCAUCAACCUUGAGAAGUGCCAGACGAGUAUGGAUGAACUCCUGAAAGAGAUUCAGGCCAUGAGCCAGUGCCACCACCCCAACAUCGUGUCUUACUACACCUCCUUCGUGGUAAAGGAUGAGCUGUGGCUGGUUAUGAAGCUGCUCAGUGGUGGCUCAGUGCUGGAUGUGAUCAAGCAUAUCAUCUCGCGAGGUGAACACAAGACUGGUGUCCUGGACGAGGCCAGCAUAGCCACCGUGUUGAAAGACGUGCUCGAAGGCCUGGAGUACCUACACAAGAAUGGGCAGAUCCACAGAGAUCUUAAGGCUGGAAACAUUCUCCUCGGGGAUGAUGGCUCAGUGCAAAUUGCAGACUUCGGCGUCAGUGCCUUUCUAGCCACAGGAGGAGAUAUUACUCGAAAUAAAGUGCGCAAGACGUUUGUGGGAACACCGUGCUGGAUGGCCCCGGAGGUCAUGGAGCAGGUGAGGGGUUAUGAUUUCAAAGCCGAUAUUUGGAGUUUUGGAAUCACGGCCAUUGAGCUAGCCACGGGAGCUGCACCUUAUCACAAAUACCCACCAAUGAAGGUCUUGAUGCUGACGCUGCAGAAUGAUCCUCCAGCUCUGGAGACCGGCAUCACAGACAAGGAGAUGGUAAAGAAAUACGGCAAAUCCUUCAGGAAGAUGAUCUCACUGUGUCUACAGAAGGACCCGGAGAAAAGGCCGACGUCCUCAGAGCUGUUGAAGCAUAAAUUCUUUCAGAAAGCAAAGACCCAUGAGUAUUUACAUGAGAAGCUACUUCAGAGGGCGCCCACAAUAACAGAGAGGUCGAAAAAGGUACGUCGAGUGCCAGGUUCCAGUGGCCGGCUGCAUAAAACAGAGGAUGGCGAGUGGGAAUGGAGCGACGACGAGCUGGAUGAAGAAAGUGAAGAAGGCAAAGCAGCUGUUGCAGCCUUAAGGGAGCAGCAGGUGAAACCUGUUAGCGCCCCCAGGCGACAAGUGCGCUUCUCCUACCCACUCGAGCUGCCUGCAUCCAGGUCACCCAGAGUGAAGGAGGGAUCGCAGAAUUCAGAGGUUUUCCAGACUCCUGAGCCUUUAAGUAGUCAACUCCAGCCGAUGGCCGCCGGUCAGGCUGAACUACCUCAGGCUGCAGGCCAAGUUCCACUGCAGCCCACACCAGUCAACACUCAAUCCACUGCCCAGGCUGCAUCUCCCACACCAGGCCUACCUGCUGCUGCUGCUGCUACUGUUCCCACUCAGACUCCAGCUGCCUCUGGCGAUGUUAAGGCUCCCAUUAGUUUGGUAUUAAGGUUAAGAAAUUCAAAGAAGGAGCUAAAUGACAUCCGCUUUGAAUUUAUGCCAGGGAGAGACACGGCAGAUGGUGUGUCGCAGGAGCUGGUGUCAGCAGGCCUGGUGGACGGGAGGGACUUAGUAAUAGUUGCUGCAAAUUUACAGAAAAUAGUUGAUGAGCCUCAAUCCAAUAAAAAUGUCACUUUCAAGCUGGCUUCUGGAAUUGAGGGAUCCGAAAUACCAGACGACGUCAAGUUGAUGGGCUUUGCUCAGCUCAGCAUUAGUUAAACUGUUGUUCUACCUGGGACCGUGACUUGCCUAAAAAAUGUGAAAAUUAAAAAAAAAAUAGUUUAAUGCAUUUUUUUUUCUUUCCAUGGCUGUAAAGAAACCACUACUGCCAAAGAAAACAGUACCAUUGUGUCACCCAUAGGAUUAUAAAAUGCCGCCUGGAUAAAAAUGAGGCGGUCCGCUGAAGCGUCAGAGCGAACAGUAUGAGAAUCACUCGGAAAAAAAUAAAAGUUUACAGUGUAUAAGUAGAAGGAUGCAAGUAUCAACAGCAAGCUGUUUUUUUUCCUUUCUGAUCUCCAUCGUUCUGUUAUUUUUCUCUCUAAUAUGUGAUGCAUUUGCACAAUCUGAACUAACGCCCUCGAACCCCGAUAAGUGUAACAAUGCCUUAUAUUCAUCAGAACUACUGAAUGCACGUUUUGGGGACGUCCCCCGGCUACCAUGUGGAGCAUUACGUCGUCUGAAAUGCACAAAUGUGGUUUCAGCUGCCGAUGUCCAACUUUUUACGACAUUUCAAAUGAACUGAAUAUGACAUUUUAGACAAACUUAAUGUAAUUCCAAAUGACUUGAUCAGAAGGCUGUGAACACAAUAAUGGCUUAGUUAAAUUCUGUAUUUUUCCUAUUAUCAACAAAACCCAUAAAAGACCAAAAUCAGCAAAGUGUAUCUCUAAAUGUUGAAUUUCUGUACAGUGACUGCCCAUUUGCUCCUUUAAAAAUGGGUAAAAACUGUACGGUAUCAUUUAAUAAAAGCAGUGAAAUCCUUUCCUAGAAUGGAAUACACGUUAACGAUUCACUUCUUGGUGAUUAUUUCUUAGCAGUAUUUGGUUCCUUGUGAGAUAUUUCAGCAGCAGUAAAAUUCACUGAGUCAAAUAAAUUGUUUUUCUGACUACAGUUUACCUUUAAUGAAGGCUGUCCAACGUUUACACUGUAUCCCAGUAACAAAGGAGGUCUGUUGCAGAGGCUAAUGAGCUACUAUAUAUCAAACUUACUCAUUAAUAUGAAUAUUAACUGGGAUACGACUUGGGAUUUGUUGACAAUAAAUAAUAAAAAAUACAGGAUAUCAUCAGACUUAUGCUCCUGAUGGAAAUCUCAAAUAAUUUUGCUCGAUUAAAAAAAAAGCUUAGGAGAAGAGUUUCUACAAGUACCGUAGCUUCCAAAAAAAUCUAGAAAAAUUCUUCAUCUUCUCUAUCUGAUUAUCGAUUGAAUUAUAAAGUAAAAAGCUGUGCGGCAGCUGAAACCACAUGCUGUCCGAGCAGAUGCCAGUCUGUCGGUAUUAGUUUGUGUCUGUUUGGAAUCGGUUUCACAAAUCCUUAAGAAGAAAAAAAAGACGAAGACUUAAGUGCAUAUUUGUUUAUGUGGAUGAAAAAAUAAGUACUUGAUUUAACCUCUAGUAUGUAAAUAAUGACAUUUGGCUUUGAUUUGUUUUUAUACCGGGUGUUUCACUCUUGGCCUUUUUUUCUGUCUCGUGACACGACUGUGGGUUGAAGGAAGACGUCAGCAGCGCCGCAAGUUUGACGUUUUGCAGGGCGCGCUGUCGUCAACUGUGUGCCACGUAUGAUGCUCAUUUACCUUUUACUCAUCGGAUAUCGUCAGCUUUUUACUUUUUUUGCCUUUUGACAAGUUUGAAUAUAUUUUACAGUGGAGGCACAGAUGCACCACGUCAUGCCUGGCCACCUUAAAUUUCCCCAAAUUUUGAAUAAAAUCGCCUCCAGCUCUUAAUAAAGCCGAGGCUGUUUACAGUAGCUAGUUCUUUUAACCCACAUCUGAAGUCAUACAGCUGCUUAAACAUAUGUGUUUUUCUGCUUUCCUUCAGCUUUGAGACCUCAGCCGUGAUUGUAAACAUUUUUUUUUUUUUUGGAAAAAAGGCUGUCCUCGGCACAGACGUUUCAUCCUUUUCAGCCGCACUCUGGAUGUUUUUGUGCGUUAACGUGCAUUAAUAACACGGUUUGAUGAAUGUGCACCUCGCAGUUACCGGCGACGUCAGCGGGAGGUUCGUUUACCUCUCUGCUGUAAUGUGUAGAUCUGAAAUGCCAGCAAAGUUGAACUGUUUCAUUUGGUCAUGUGAUGCUGUCAUAACCCUACAGAUGCCAUAUUGAAUGAAAUUGAAUGCAUUUUUGCUUGCAGAUAAAAUGUUCAGUAUUUUGACUAUAAACAUGUUAAAUUUUACGCUAGCCUUAAACUGAAAAUGACCAAGUGUAUUUUUUCCUCUCUCUUUUUUUUGGUCAAGGUUUUGAUUUAGACUUUAAGUGUCUUUGAAAAGUAGUUCUGGUGGCAUGUGAAAAUUACACCAACUCAUCUGCUCCUGUAAGAGGUGCAGCAAACCCAAUGUUACUCUUAAGUUGUCAAACUGCAGUAUUUGGUGCCAUUUUCCUGUCUGCAGAUGAUGGCAGACGAGGACAGGAUCGGUGUGUAUGACCCCUGAGAGAAGUGCGUGUCUGUUUGUGUGUGUUGUGUAGCUCAAGCCCUUCUUCUAACAAGAGUUGAAGAUCUAAUGGCUUAUUUCUCCUCCCUCUUUCUCCAACAGUCUCUAACAAAACUGUAGCAACUGAACAGAUGACCAGAAAAAAAACAAAA